AUGAUAAUUAAUGAUCAGUAUCCGCGUGGUUUAUACAUAUCAUCUGACGAAUCAUUAUUCAUUUGGUUAAUGGGUACUGAUCAUUUUCGAAUAAUUUCAUCAUCAACAACAUUAAAUGUAUCGUAUGUUUGUAAAAAAUUAAACACUUAUUUGAUGUUUAUUGAUAAUUAUCUUUAUCAUCAAGAACAUUCAUUUGCAUUUCAUUCUAAAUUUUCUUAUUUAACAUCGAAAAUUGAUGAACUUUCUGGUUUAUUAAUCAUCAUUCAAUGUAGAAUUUUCGAUGAAAACUAUCAAAAAUUAUUAGAAAAUCAAUUAGAAAAAUUUCGAAAACAUCUUAUUUAUUUAAUAAAUCCUUUCAAAUCAUCAACAAUAAUUAUUGCAAAUAAACCUUUAUUAGGAUUAAAUGAAAAUGAAAAACUUCUUCGAACAAUUUAUGCUAUUCUUAUUGUAUUACACAAUAUUCAAGAAAAGUUUUCAAAUAAUCAGCUGGUGAAUUAA